AUCGAUAAGUUUUCAUGAAUAUGCAGGAAAAAAGAAAAGUGGUUUAAAGAACGGAAACCAUGUUAUUAGAGAAGCUGGUAAUCUCUUGGCGGAAAAAGAGGGAGAGUCGACAUGAGAGACAGACAGAAAGGGAAAGACUGUUUCUAGACAACGGAAGCAAGGUCUUGGAGGAGCUGGUUGCCACUUGUAAUGGCAAGCAUACUCCAAUCCGUAGCUUCUCCUAUGAAGAACUCAGGUUAGCAACCGAUAACUUUGACGAUCAUCGUGUUCUUCAUGAUCAUCCUAUGGAAUAUCCUACAUGGUACAAGGGUUCUCUCGACGACCGAACAUUUUCCAUUAAGUACGAAAAUUGUGGGAUCAAGACUGUCGUCACCGAUAUCGCCAUUUCUGCAAAAGUAAGCGCUCACAAGAAUGUUUUAAAGCUAGUAGGGUGUUGUCUCGAGACUCAACCGCCCACUUUAGUAUAUGAAUCUGCCAAUGGGAUCCUUGCCGAUCGUAUCUAUGUUAUCAAAGACGAUGGAAUUCGGAAAGAAUGUCAGCCCAUAGCAUGGCAGAGCAGGUUGAAGAUUGCAAGGGAGAUUGCUCAUGCUGUUGCAUAUCUCCACAAUGCCUUCUCCAGACCCAUCAUUCAUAGGGAUAUAAACCUGGGAAAUAUCUUGUUAAACCAACACGAUGUUCCCAAACUGACUGGAUUCUGGGUCUCCAUUUCGAUCCCCGAGGGUGAAACUUAUGUAGAAGAUAGUCUGUGUGGGACUGCCGGGUACAUAUGCCCAAGCUAUUAUGCUACCGGCAGGGUAACAGAGAAAACAGAUGUCUAUAGUUUUGGAAUGCUGCUAUUGGAGAUUUUAACAUCGCAAUAUCCUCUUGAUUGUCGAGCAACGUCUGCUGAUGAUGAAGGAGAUCCGAGCUUCGUAAAUUACUUAAGAACUCGUGCAAUAAGUGAAAUUGUGGAUCCGGCAUUAAUGGUGGAUGGAUCAGAAAGUGGAGUAAUAGGUAGGGAGGAACAAUUGCAAUCUGUACUGCAGCUUGCCCUCACAUGCCUAGAUGAGGAUCCAGAGAUUAGGCCGACCAUGAUUGAUGUUACAGAAGAACUACGGCGGAUUGAGAUGUUCGUUUCAUAAUUAUCUUUGAUCUCACGUUUAUACUUUUACAUGAUCCAAAUCCUUUUAUGAACGCGGCCAAUUCUGUUCUGUACGAGGCAAUUUGCUGCCGAUCUGUUUGCUCACGUGCAAUGAAAAUGGUAACUUUAAUAUGUUGUUAACUAGCUAGAAACAAUAAGAUUUAGUACGCUAGCUCGUGAUCAUGAGUGCAUGUACUCAUGAAAUGUUGAUCAAUUAUUAUUUUCAAUUUCAUGUCACAGCAAAUAAACCAAAAAGCUGUAUGUUGUAUGGAUGUG